AUGGGCUUUAAAGAUCUAACUUUAUUCUUGCCAGCAGAGUACCAGACAAAGAAAAUCGGUUUAGCAAUAUUUUAUACUCUAAUCAUCCUCGUCAUUACCAUCUGUAUUCUAUGCAGAAAGCGCACAAAUCCAACUCGUCCACCUCCAGCUCGACGACCUCAAGAAGACAUCCGCCCCAAAAUCUGUAUCAAUGGCAAGCUAGUUCUCGGCUCAGAAAGACUGGAAACCUUACGAGCCCUCGGCAAGUCCUGCCGAGUCUACGUAGUCUUUGAAGUCAGAACUGAUGACGAAGAGCGCGAAAUCCGGGACAUGCUCGCAAAAAUCGAGACCCUUGAAAAGUACAGAAUCUUGUUCUGUGAGACUGAAAUUGGGUACAAAGCGCUUGUAAGACAGCUAAAUCCUCGGCUUCAUGUGGAAUGUGACAUAUCAAGAGCUAUGGAGAUGAAAAGUUACUUGAAUUCCAUUACUAUGAUUACUCAUGAUCAAUGUGAAGGGUUCUAUCAAAUUGUGGAUUUCGCUGGGAGCGAAAGCUUAAUAUUGAAUAUAUUGCGUGAUAUAAGCUAA